AUCGAUUUGGGCACAUAACCGUCAAAAGCCCAACUCGUCCUUUUCCGUUCUCUUUCUCAGCAAAGAAGAGAGAGAAAAUAGAGGGAGGAGAGAGAGAGAACUUAUCCUGGAGCUUGAAGGCAGCUGGUCAGUUUGUACGGAGAAGGCGUUCACAUUAUUCACAGUUCUAACAAAAAUCCAACCACAAACUACCAUUAGAGCUCAUUGAAAUUCAGCUUCCAUGAAAGACAAUCGACAAUUGGAGCGGCCAUCGGGAAAAGCUUCCUGCCGUUAGGAAACAGACGAAAUAAGAACUUUCGCGAUUCCAAUUUUUUGACAGAGAUUUCAAGAAAUUGGAAUUGUUUUCUUGAUUCUGGAAUUUUGUUCCACCGACCUUCGAUUCAUUCAGUUUUCUUGCGGUUUUAAAGCGUCAGGGAUACGUAAUCAAACUGUAAGAGCGGUUUUGAGUUCUUGCUGCUGUUCCUGUUGGUUAAGCAAACGGAUUCGAAUCAGGUUUUGUUGUUUUCUUAAUUUUUGAUUUGUUUAGUAAAAGAGGAUGAAUCGCUGUGUUCCUGAUUUUGAGACCGACGAAGAUUUACCGCUUCCUUCUUCUUCUUCCGUGCCAUCGCGCUCCAAGACAUCUUCGAUGUCAGAUGGCGAGGUAAUGGAACUUCUAUGGCAGAACGGUCAAGUGGUAAUGCAAAGCCAGAACCAGAAAUCGAGGAUGAAAGUACCACCGUCUACAACCGCGGAGCAAAUCACGAACAGAGACACUCGACCUAUGAAUCAAGAGGAGGAACCGCAGCUUUUCAUGCAGGAGGACGAAAUGAUUUCGUGGCUUCAUUAUCCUCUUGUCGAUGAUUCUACUUUGGAGAAUAGUUUCUGUGAGGAACUCCUAUAUCCUUCGAAUCCUCAGAGCAUUGAGCAAAACACCGGCGUUUCUGAACAAGUUCGUACUAGUCAUGGCAUGGAGUUUCAGCCGUGCACGGCGAUAACGACGACGGCGACCUCAACGAUGGCUGCUCGGCCGCCAAUACCACCGAUGAGAAGAACGGAACAGGAAACGAAGGUAAAUAGUUUUGGGCUCUUCUCAAGGCACGCACGGAGGCUCGAAUCUGGUCCGUCGAAUUCGAAGAGCAUGGUAAGGGAAUCUACAGUGGUCGGUUCGACUUCGAGCAACACAACGGUGUUGACUCUCGAAUCUACGGGUACGAAAUUACAGAGGACGGCUGUAACCGAUACAUCAAGUGCUGAUUUAGCCUGCACGGUUAUUAGCGGUGGUGGAGUAGCGGCUACGUCGACUGGCAAUGGUGGAGAACUGAUGAAGAUGAUAGUUGGUGAAACAGAAUCGGUUCAAAGGACGACGAGUCUCGAGGAUCGGAAGCGGAAAGGGAAAGAAACGGAUGACUCCGAUUACCUAUUCUAUAGCACGGACGUUGAAUUCGAAUCAACUGAUGCAAAGAAGCAAGUUCGUGGAUCAACCUCUACAAAGAGAUCUCGUGCUGCUGAGGUCCAUAAUCUCUCAGAGCGAAGAAGAAGAGAUCGAAUAAAUGAAAAGAUGAAAGCAUUGCAGGAGCUCAUACCUCGGUGUAACAAGGCAGAUAAAGCUUCAAUGUUGGACGAGGCAAUUGAAUACUUGAAGACACUUCAGUUGCAAGUUCAGAUGAUGUCCAUGGGAUGUGGUAUGAUGCCUAUGAUGUUUCCUGGUGUCCAACAAUUUAUGCCUCCAAUGGGAAUGGGACUUGGAAUGGGCAUGGGCACCGGCAUGGAAACAGGUGUGAACCGUGCCAUGAUGCCGUAUCCUAACAUGUUAGCUGGACCGAUGUUUCCGAGGCAAGCUGGAGCUACUCAACUUGGACCAACUUUCCCUUUUCCACCCUUUCAUAUGGCGCAUGUUCCAAAUACCGAUCCAUCAAGAAUUCAAGAAACAAAUCAGGCAGAUCAAAUGCACAGUUCGUCAGGAAUGCAAAAUAUAAAUUCACCAAGGGCCUCGAGUUCACUUGAUGGCUACCAUCAUUUUCUUGGUUCCCAACAGAUGCAGGUGCCAGCAGCAUCAUCACACCCUUCCCCACAGAAUCAACCACCAGCCCCGCUACCAGGUAUGCACAAUCAACAUACUAGUCGGAGACUUGAAAACAUCGACAAUCACGAAUCAGGGUGCUCUACCAUGGAUCCAUGUUGAAAUUGGAGGAAACAUAGAAUUUCUUAGAUAGGCCCUACAUUACACGCCAGCAAAAUUUUGUAGCUAGGUAGAGUUUGAUUAGAAUAACAACAUAACACAGGUUGACAUGUAAAUUAUGCAUAGUUCAAACCAUCAUCAAGUGAGAACAACAGCUCCUUUUACAAUUUUCUCCCUUUUCUUUCUUGGUAUUUGUUUGAGUUUUUACACAUGAUGAUGUAAACUCUCAGAUAACCUCACCCUACUUAUUGGCUGAUCAUAAGCUAACCAUCACUUGAGAUUAUAUCUUAUAAAUAUUAGGGUGGGUUGGAAUGACUUCAUAAGUGCUUAAAAAAUGUUCUUAAGCACUUAAAAAGUUGUCAAAGCAGGUAAUUUCUUUUCGAAAGAAAGUUCUCUUUUGAUGGGAUUUUCUGCAUUUCCAAUGACCUAUUGAAACUCUUGAAAGUGGAUUUCUAUUGUUUCAUCUCACGUGUUUCUUCUUUUCUUUUCUUUUCUUUUCUUUUCUUUCUUUCUUUCUUUGGUUUAUAGCAUGGAAGAGGAAGAAGACAAAUGAUAGUGAAGAGAAGACUGAGCUGAAUGAAGAGAAUUUGAAUUGGAUUUUGGAGUGACCAAGCAUAGAUUAUAUAAUAAGUAUUUUAGCAUAUUCAAUUUAAAUUUUGAUAUUUGUUUGUUUCCUAUUGAUUAUAAUUUUCUAUCUAUUGUGUACUACUAGAUUUGUUCUCCUUAGGCAAAGGAAACAAGGGUCAAUCACGUUUGAGUUUGUUUUCUUGUCA